GCCUUUAAUUGCGGACACGAAGAAGAAACUCGUGUCUGGUUUAUUUGCCUCUAACUGAAAUGUGCAGCUAACAGCAGGUGACAAGUUUUCCGCUUGUACUUUACAGGAGUCAAGCCACGGGAAUGUCAUGGGGAUCAAAGUGAAAUAGCGCUGUCGCGGGUAUUAUUGACACCAAAGGUACGUAACAUUUCGGUAUAGUGUAACCGUAACUUGUUGCUAAACUGGUAACCCCGCUAACAAGCUUGCUAGUACCUCCCUGAAGUGUUAGCUGACAGCGGGACGGUCCUCUUUGAAUUAAGAAAAACACAUAAAAUGGACUUUAUGCAAACAUUGAAAUGAGACCAGGAUAAAUAAUUUAUUCCUUUGACUACGCAGAUUAGCUUUGUUGUGAUUAAUGAGCGUUACUAGAAGGAAUAAGUUAGUGUAGUUAUCUUGAUACUGUUGCUGUCACUGAGCUGUCACACUGUUCCCACCCUCGCGCUUCAACCAAUUGAAUUGCUUAGAAUUUUAAUUGACAGAAACGGUAACCAAUAGCAGACCCACAACAAAUAUGACGGCUCCGUGCGCGGUGUUGUGUACCGCAGGCGUCUCUUUCCGGCGCAGUCGGCUGGGAUGCUGAUGCUGAGGAGCCUCCUUGGACUGUAGCAUCAUUGGAUCUGAAUGUUUAUCGACAUGUUGCAUUGUCUGAAGUUGCAUCACUGUGUUGACCUCUGUCUGGGCGGCCUUUUGUUGUUUUUAGCGGGGCUGCAGCAGGUGGAGGCGGCCGCCGCAGCCACGGAGAUGGUCAACUUAAACUGGAAGCCGUUCAUCUACGGCGGGAUGGCCUCAAUUGUCGCAGAAUUCGGUGAGCUACGUGAUGCACCACAACACGCAGACACGCACCGUUCAUGUAUUCACCCGGAUUUAGAACCUGAAAAGCCAUGUCAUGACGAUUUAAGGUGCGAAGUGUCUGUUAAAUAGGAUGAAUUUGCAGCUAGAAGAGGACUCAGCAGCAGCUCUGUGUGCUAAUCUGAUAGCAGUGGCUUCAGGACAGAGGGGGGUGCAUCCAGCUGAGGAAAUACCAAAGCUCUCUGGAGGAUAUUUGAGGUAGUGUCAGGGAAAUAAAGGAGAGCAUAUGUUUAUUUUUCAAUUAAUGAACAGCUGUUAACCUCACAGUAAGGACCAGGUUUUACAACUUUGAUAUAAGAGGCAUCAGGCUAGGGCUGGGCGAUAUGGACCAAAAGUCAUAUCCUGAUAUAUUUAGGCUGAAUAUCGAUAUAUGACAUAUAUCCUGUUAUUGUUUUCGCAAAGUGAGAGCACAUGUUUAGUCAAAGUCAAAGCCAAAUAUGACAUGUCACAAGUAGUUCUAUUUAAACUGACCGGAUUAAAAAUACUGUAUAACCACAGGAGUACCUUUUUUUUUUAACUGGAGCUCCAUAAGGUGCACAUUUAAAUGAAAAGUAUAUCUUACAUAAAAAUAGCCCAUAAAGUAAAAUAAGCCAAUCUUUUUCUGAGACAAAUUUAUUUAUUUGAGAAAAGCAUCAACAUUUGACAACUAUAAAUGACCUAUUAAAAUCAAAUUGCAGAUUUUCUUCUCUCUAACAAAUCCACAGAUGCAAACAAUGAAGACUACAAAAGAAAUCAAUAUGACAAACCCAAGUAAGGGCACCAUUUACAUGUAUAAAGACAAAAUAAACAAAAUAAAGUGCUCAGUUUAAGAAAAUUGUUUUUAAAUGUCAUUUUGAGAUUACCUAUCUGUCUGUCUCAACCAGUUGCACAAGACUAUGGCAGAUUAUGAACUCAGUGAACAUUUCCCCCUCUUUCUUUUUUACUUUGAUAAACAGUUAGUGUGAGAAAGAUUUUGUGUGAGAAACACCAGCCUUUGGUCCAAUUCCAUUUCUCGUUUAAAAAUAUAUCAGUAUAUUUCUUAUAUCGAUAUAUCCCCCAGUCCUACAUCAGGCACAGCUCAGGGAGAAAGCACAUUUAUCAGAUUGUCUCCUCAGUGGUGAAAAUUUAUAUACAUCCCAAGUUGAGUAGAAAUUUCUGGGGUUUUUAUUAAUUCAUUUUUUAUGCAUUUUACUCUUUUUUUGUCAGCAUUUUUAUUUAUGAUGGAGAAUAGAGGCCACGCUAAAGGGGGAAAAAACCAAAGAGGUUUUUAAAAUUUACCAAAAAAUAAAACAUUUUGCAGUUAUGUCUGAUGAGGUGCCAAAACAUAACAGAUAGUUUACCGAAAUGCUGUGAGUUCCUCAUUUCAGGCACAGUUGGUCACUGUAAACCAAAAGCUAAGACUUUAUAUUCUCAAAACGUGAUGACUUUGUUUUUGAAAAAUUAUCACCUUACUUCAACUUUUUGGGUCAUUUAGACAUUCCUGUGAGAAAAUAACCGAGACAAAAUGUGUAAUCCUUAAGAUAAAAAAAAGUUAAAGAUCUUUGAGUAUUUAUUUUUUUUAUUUACUUAAUGUUGCCUUCAAACUUCAUUGUCUAUGUUUUGUUAUAAUAAUUUGUCAUCACCUGAUGUUUCAGAAAUGAAAAAAAAUAAUAAUUUAAUCCACAAAUUUAAUUAAAAUAAAUUAAAUUUAGGGCCAUAGAGAACAACUAUCACAUUUAAGUUCUGUAUAGUCAUAUUUACGAACUAAUAUACACAAAAACAUCAUUAACAUUGAUAUUUUUUAAAUUAAUUAGCCACACUGAGCGGGAGAGGCCAUGCUGUAGUCAAGAAGGAGAGGGAGAAAAACUUCUUGAUAGAUUUUCUUUAUCCUGGCGUGUAAGGCGACAGAGGAACAUUUUACUGUUUAGUUAUAAUGCAUGUAUUAUCCUGUUAAUACCCAGUGAGAGACAGAGAAAAGACACUUGCUUUGGUGUUUCUACAUUUAUUUCCAUCAAUGAAAUCAGUAUCAGCAUGCAGAAGUGCUGAAUACUUCUCUGUUAGACAGCUGUAUGUGGGAAAAGAGCUGUUAGAAACCACCUGUUAAACUCUCAGUAAUGAUAUUUGUGUUGGCUAACAUUUACAAUCAGAGUGAACACUGAGAGUGUUGACAUACUCAGAUUUCCAGUAUAAACCAACUAACCCUAACUCAGUAAUUUUUGCUAAGUAUAAUUCCUUGAUUGCGUCUUCUUGUUCACAUAUCCUCAGGGACAUUUCCCAUCGAUCUAACAAAGACCAGGCUGCAGGUCCAGGGUCAGUCCCAGUACACAGAGGUGCGAUAUAGAGGGAUGUUCCACGCCCUCUUCAGGAUUGGCAAAGAGGAGGGCAUCCGGGCGCUCUACUCUGGGUACGUUGCCACAAUAAGGGUGUAAAAAAAAGUAUCACACCCGCAGUUUGUCCACCACUGCUUGAUUUCGGGACGGGGUAAGUUUGGGUGCAGUUUAUGUUACCUGCAUUUUAUACAGGCUGCACCACAUUUUCCCUGAUCCCACUGCCUUUCUCUGAGAUAUUGACUGAUUAAUCAGAGGGACUGGGUGUUCCCGUCAAUCAGGUUUCUGCACUGCAGUGAACAUGUGUGGGAUUGUUCUUGGGUUUGACGGCUCACUGACUGAUCUGACAGCCUUCACCUGCUCAGGAGAAGGAAAAUUUGCUGUAGUUACCAAUUAGGAUUACUGCUAAGUCCCUAAGACCAACCCCAAGGUAUUACUGGUUUUUAGCGAGGUGAUGGUGCUACCAUUUUGGACACAGUAUCAGUCAUGCAUCUCUCAUGGACGUGUGUAAAGAGAAAUGCAGUCUUAAAGCAAAAUUUAAAGCAGGUACCGCUUGUAGUUUGAAGUCUAACACUCAUAUGUCAAAGCAGGGACUCCGCUCUGUCCUAUUCUCUUUGAUGUUUAACUCAUAUUUUAGUCACCCAUGUAAGAAGACUGCACCACUCACGCUAAGUUAGACCACCUGCGCAUUCAACUCUAGUCAAAGGUCCAUCAAUGAUUGCUGUGUGCCCUCUCUGAGCCAACCACUGCUGUUGUUCAUCUUUCAACUGCGAACUCAAAUCCAAAAUCUGGAUGCCAUGAAAUUCAUUGUGCUGUCACAUUAAUCUCCUCCUCUCCUCUUUUUACCGCUUGCUUGUAAUAUUCUGUAAACUAAACAGAAACAGCAUGUGCUUAAUGCAAUAUGCAGAAACAAGAUUUGCACACAAAGCUGUUAAAUGUUGUGGGUGGUUGGACUGUGAUGUUACUAGAUUCAGCCGCUGCUUUGAAAGAAGCCCAACGGGACAGAAAUUACACUUCACCGCAGUGAAUAAGAUUCAGUUUUCACACCCCGUAAAUAGACUGAAAACUGUUGAUCAGAAACCUCAGUCAUCAGACGAGUUGAGGUUUCUAAACGGUAAAUAAUCCUGAAUGUUUUUCACUUUCUUCUUUCAGGAUCUCUCCGGCGUUGUUGAGACAAGCCUCAUACGGGACAAUCAAGAUAGGAACCUACAACUCUCUGAAGAGGUUGUUUGUCAGCCAUCCAGAGGGUGAGUGUUACUCUCUCUGCCUUUAAUCGACCGUCUUUCCUCCUCUUUUAAAAACUCUACGCUUCCUGUCCUCUGAGGAGGAAACUGGCCUUUAAGUUCACAACAUGUGAGUGACUACUGUCUCGGAAAUCUCCUGAAAUCUUGAAACCACAUCCAAGUCUAGGAAACAGGGAUGAUGCUCAGUAAUGAGAGGUGAUUUGAAUAAUAGAUUCAGCAAACUGCAGAGUUAAUUCAGAUUUGUAUUUGCAUGGCAUCUCUGUCUGGUUUGAGGCUGAUGCAAUCAACUGCAAACGACGAGAUUUCCUUGUGAGCCCUCCAGCUUCAUGACGAGUAAAACUGCUCACAGGCAGCGAACUUUGAGUAGAGAGAGGACAGAUCUGUAACAUCCGACUGUUGAGCUGGGAAUGAGGCUAGUCAUUUUUGCCUUUUUACACCUGAACUCGAUUUGAUCAUAUGUUGGUGUCUGAGUGAGUAAUGGCUGCUAAACGUUUUGCUUCAGUAGAUCUCUUAAGUCAGGAGCGAGAGAGCAGAGAGCAGUUUCUGUGGGUUGGCUUUCGGGGGUAAAUGCUCCCGAUUAAGGUGCAGAAGUUCUCAUUUCUGCUGCUGCAGGUUCAGGUAGGGUAAUCAAGUCCAAAUAGGUCCUGAACUGAACGCUUGACAAAUAUUCCAGUUUCAGAGUAAUUCUGUGAUAAUCCCGUCUUAUGAUUCAGUGAAGACGGUUUUACGAUUUAGAAGUAAACCUUUCAGUUUUUCUUUUUUUUCGAUUUCUACAGAAGCUUGCUGACGUUGUAUCACUCCCCUUGUAAAAUGUCAAAAUCCUUCCACACGGUGAAAGUCACUGCAUUGCUUCAACACACACACACACACACACACACACACACACACACACACACACACACACACACACACCGAUCAGCAGAGGUUGAUCUUUGCUGGAUGGACACACCCUCUCAGUCCUUUUUAAUAACGUUAGAUUGAUCCAAAUUUUUUGUGAUUGACGUAAUUCUUAACGAUCAAUUAAUCGAUUAAUUGUGCCCAUCCCUACUUUUGCCAAAUCUGCUGGUCAGUGCCAAACAUAUGCAGAUGAGUAAGUUGAGUAUAGAAAAUAUAAGGUAGUUUGUCUGUAGGGAUGGAUUUGUCCUCUCUUUUGAUGUGUAAAUAAAUCAGGAGAUCUGAUUUUUUUUUAGUUUUAUUUAAUAUCAAGAUCUGAUUUUUAUUACUGUAAGGAGAUAACUUAGUAUUGCCCGGAAGGCCAGUGACAAAUUUACCUGUAGUCAACCCCUGCUUUGUUUGAUCUGUAAACAAAGAUGCAAAAGACGGAGCGAUUGUGUUAUUUGCUUUUUAAAUGGGAAACAAAAUCAAGUGGGUGAGCCACAGCUUAGAAAAACUCAGAGAGUAGCAGGCGUCUCUGGUUAACAAAACCAAGUUUGGUUUCUGGAAUUAUAUCGGAUCAAAGCACAAAUCCAGAAAAUACACAUCAGUUUACCCCGAUGACAGAGAGGGUUUCCCUGAAUAGGUUCAGUGUCUAGAUGAAGAACUGUUUCUGAGCCUCAAAGAAAAGGUUUAGAUAUGCCGUGACAACCCAUGUUGACCCACCUGGCAACAGAGUGAGCGAGUUAACCUGCCAUUACUAAUUUGAAAGCUAAAUUAAAGGCAAAAAGCUUCCUGGAAGGAGAGAGGGAAGAAAGGGUGGGAGGGACGAGCGAGAAAGAGUCCGAAAGGAGACGGAGAAGGGAGAGGCAGAAAAAAACAAAGUGAGUCAGGCUUCAUCCACUGUGCAGCUGAUCUGAUCUGACAUCAUGAUCUCAUGUUAUAACAGUACAGUACAAAAUCAGCAAGAUACCUCCGAUGGAUCAAGACUGAGGAUUUGGAACUUAAAUGAAAUAUGCAAAAUUGACAUUUAAGGGAGUGUCACAGAGAGACGGAGAGUAGAGCUCACAGAGUUAUCAGGAAAUGAAUCUGCUCUUCCUGAGAGAGAGAAAUAAAAAAUAAAAAACAUGAUUUCUCCUUUUAAAAAUGAACUUUAAAAAUUGUACUGAGUGAUGCAGUUUUCAUAUAAAACAGCAUGCAUGAUACCCAAACAAUGAAAGUUCAGAGUGGAAAAGGCUUAAACAGAUGGGUAAAUGCUCAGUUUAGACAGUCUCUAACUUGUCUGUACCAGGAUAUGGAUCAGCUCUUGGAUAAAAGGUGCAGCAGGAGGUGCUGAUGAGACUCAGUGUGGAGAAAAGUCGCUGUAAUCAUGAUGGAGUUUCUUCAUACUGGGCGGUUUGAUGUUGUGUCAUCGAUGCAGACUUGAGCACUGUAGGAUCAUUUCACUAAAACUGAUGGAAGCGCAAUCUUCAUCUGUCGAGCCCAUCCAAAAACCCUUCAAAAGCUGCUCUGUUGUUGUUGUUGUUCGUCGUCCUCUCUCUGGAGAAACAGAGAUCCACUUAAUUCCUCCAACAAAUAAGUUUCUGCGACAUUUAUCAGCAGUUGCAGGCGCCGCCAUGUUUCUGAGACGAGCAGGAAGCGUGUACCCUCAGGCUCUGCAUCUGCUCUCUCUCUGUCUUUUCUCUUUGGCUUCCCAGUUUCCCCCCCGACCGGUUCCUUCUGUUCCUCGUCCCACUCUCUAGUCUUUUUCUUGGUCUCAGUCUCUCAAUAUUUUAUGGACAAUUGGUGGACAAAAGAUAGACACUGUAAAUAAUAGAGAAGAUCAAGGUAGAGGCGCCCUGUGAAGGCUUUCAGUCAUGAAACGGCGCUGCGGAGUCGAUCUAAAAGGUCACUGGACUUUGUUGAAGGUCUUUAAAUCUUUACAGAGAACAGAGCAGCAGCAACACGAGCAAGUAUGCUGCAAGAUCCUGUUUUUGCGUUUUUCAUACUGAAAUGAUUGUACGUUUUCGUCUUUGUGGACAACAUUGAGUGAGAAUAGAGAUUUGUGCCCGCCCUAACUUCCUUUUUUGUUUCUGCAUGUCUUCCACAGUGGUGCCAUUAUUUUUUUAAAUGCUUGUUUUGAUGCAGGCUUUGGUUUGCUCUGUGGUUGAGGGACACACAAUUGCUGCGAGGACCACCGCUCAUAACUGCUGGUUGGAUUGGUGAAGGAUCUCUGUAAUUAUACUCGCCUCAGUCUGUUGUUUCCUCCUUCUGUAGUGUAGUGAUGUAGACCGCAGUAAAGGAUUUUCUGUCUACUAAUAUGAUCAACCACUAAUGCGAACAAACCCUGAAAAGGAUCCUAACCUGCCUUCGUGUAGAAGGAUAAUUCCACAUGCUGGUGAUUCAGGUCCAAGAAUCCACAUUUACAUUUCUCCUGGUCCUACUGCUGUCUUUUUAAAGGAUUAUAGUAUCAGGGCGUGACACUAACUUUUCUCACAAGAAGCACAUGUGCGCCUAAGUUGAAAAAGUAAGGAGCACACAAAUAACUGUAGGGGCACAAUAAAAAUUGAUCAAAUCAUGUUUCUCUUAUUAGUCGACAUAAUUACUGUUAUUUGAACGGAAUGGAAGCUGUUGAAGAAAGUGUUCAAAAUUUGCCUUUAAAUUUAACACAAACAUUUUAAAAGACAAAUUAGGGAAAUAAAGAGGCGUGUCUUAUCGUCCGACCUUAGUACUAUUAUUUAAAAUCAAUUUGAGGUCAAUAGGUCACAUGACAUGGAAGCUAUUGAAUGAAAACAGCCUUUUUUGAGAACCUCAACAGGUAAUUUAUGGACGGUCCCUUAUUCAACACCAACGUUGACAGUGAGGGUGUCGAGUAGAUUUAACCGCGCUGCUGUUGCUAAUCCCGGUUAUGGAGAGUGAGAAGACACCGGUAGAUCCUCAGAGAAUGUCUAUCGAAUAUCCAACCUAAAACUAACUUCACCGCCGUAUUUACAGGAAAAUAUAUCCAACCUAAAACUAACUUCACCGCCGUAUUUACAGGAAAAAAAAAAAUUGUUGCCUUGGCUGAUUUUUUUUUCUGUGCACGUGCCCCGAAAUACAUUUUUACAAUUCGCACACAUGUAUUUUUAGUCGCACUGUUGAGCCCUGUAUAGUGACUUGUCUUCCAUAAUAAAGUUGUAAUCUGUUUUAAUCCUUGUAGAUUUUAGCCCUCAUGUGGACGACAGCUCAUCGGGCUCUGCAAUGGAACUUUUAACUUUGACUAAAGCUUUUAAUUUUGAGCAACGUGUCUCUAAGUCCACACCCCAAAAAGGCCACAUUUUAGACUUGGACAUCUCUUAUGUGUCUGUCAAUGAUGUUCAUAUGAGAGAUCAUCGUGGACAUCAUCAGAGUUUUAUCUCUACUAAAACCACAGACAGUUUCUCCUUUAUGUUUGACCCUCUCAUGUUCAUGGACUGCUUGGAUGUGGACUGAUGGAGUCUUAAGGGAUCUCACCAAAAAGUGAAGAAAUCUGUUAAAGACAAAAAUUUAAUUGAGACAGGUUCAUUUCCAUCAUUGUGUUUCGUUAACUCGUCUUACAAAAACUCUUUCUAGACCAGUUCAGCGGCUGUCCUCUUCUACUACAGAGCCACACAGUUGUGAUGUUGUCAGAUACAUGUAUGUUAAUGUGUUGUGUGAACAGUCUUUCUUUUGUUCGUCUGUUUUGUGUUGAAUAAUUAUAUUAGUGUUAAUCUAAACGGCACCUCACUGUGUCAAAUCAUGAACUAACUUUUCGACUUUCGGACUUCUUAACUUCAAGGCUAAGAAAGUGUUUAAAGUUUGUCUUCACUGAUUAUUUCUUUGUCUCUCACUCGGCAGAUGAGACGAUGGUCAUCAACGUCUUCUGUGGCGUCGUCUCCGGCGUCCUGUCCUCCUCCUUAGCCAACCCCACAGACGUCCUGAAGGUGAUUUUGAAGGAGGAUGAAAAUAUCCGCUCACUAACAUUGUAGCUGUGAAUCCUGUAACUACAGAUGUCUGCUUUUGUUCCAGAUCAGGAUGCAGGCGCAGGGCAGUCUGCUCCAAGGCAGCAUGAUGUCCAACUUCAUCAACAUCUACCAAACAGAGGGGACCAGAGGGCUGUGGAGGGUGAGUGUUUGACUGUUCUGUGCGCUGAUGUUUGUGUGUAUUUUGUAAGGAACAUAUUCACGCACCAGGAUGUUUGUGUUCAUUAUGAACAAACUACAAGUGUUCAUUCUCACCUGAUGGAUUUUGAUAAAGCUUUUAUCAUCAAUAAAAACACAAAACCCGACUCACCCUUUUACCCUCCUCUUCCUCAGGGCGUCAUACCCACAGCACAGCGAGCAGCCAUUGUUGUAGGGGUGGAGCUUCCUGUCUAUGACAUCACAAAGAAGCACCUUCUUCGCUCCGGCCUCAUGGGGGACACCGUGUUGGCGCAUUUUAUGCAAGUUAAUUUCUCUGCGUGAUUUUUUUUUUUUUUUGGCACUACAGGAAACUCACAGAGAAAUCACGUUUGUUGUCUUGAUCUGUGUUACAGUUCCAGUUUCACGUGCGGCCUGGCGGGAGCUCUGGCCUCUAAUCCUGUAGACGUGGUCCGGACCCGCAUGAUGAACCAGCGAGUUUCGUCAGGGAGCCCCAUGUACAAAGGAACACUGGACGGGGUGAUGCAGACGUGGAAGAACGAGGGUUUCUUUGCUCUCUAUAAGGGAUUCUGGCCAAACUGGCUCAGACUGGGGCCUUGGAACAUCAUUGUAUCCUUUUUAAAACCUGCUGAGGGUCUUCAUGGGUGGGCAGACGAGGACUCUAAAACAGAAACCAAUCACCAGAAUUCAGUGCAGGAAAAAAAAAAUCCUAUCUGGUUUGACUGAAUGUUCCUGAGUCAGGUACAGUCCAAGUAUGCCAAGUCCUGUAGGUUAAAGUUGACGUGGUAAAGGUCUGCCGUAAAGCCAGGUUCAUCAUAUUUCAGAUCUUGUGUCAGUCAGCUGAGCAGCUUCAGCCUGUUCACUGUCGCUGAAUGAAUCCUGAAGUUUCUCCUUGACGCUGUCCUCAGUUCUUCAUCACCUUCGAGCAGCUGAAGAAGCUCCCGUUUUAAAGCAGGAUUUGGGACUUCACUGGUCUGCCGGACUGUGUGGGGGCACAAACAGGGCUGCAGAGAGGCAGCACCCGGAGCUUUGGCACCAGUAUAAUCACACUCCUUUCAGAUUCCUACCAGUGAUACAGUGCAGUAUCAGCCAUCCGCUCACGCUCAUCCAAAUCUUACGUUGAUUUUUGCAAAGUGUUUUAUUUAUUUAUUGUCACUCGUCCUUUUUUAAGGACACUUUUAGAGACUGAUGUUUUGACGAUCACUCGCACCCUUUGACUACUUCGACACUCCCCAGGCAGCUAAAUGUUUGGUUGUAGCAAAAGAUUGAAACUUUAAAAGAAAAUGUGUCUCUCUGUUUUUACUUGAGUCUGCAGGAAAGCUGGAGUUUACCUCUUUGGGUUUGGUGAGUUUGAGGAUUAGGUUUGGCCUCCUUUAAUGACAAUAGAAACAUUUCUGAAUGUUUGCUCAGGAUUUCUGUACAGAUCUGGAAUAAAAAAAAAACACCAGAUAUUAAUUUAUUUUUAACAAGGACAGGAGCUACUGAAUGUCACACGAGGCAUGAAUGGUGACACAGUUUGUGGAGUUUUUAAAAAGAGAGACAGAAAAUGAAAAUUUAAAACUGACGAUGUGUCAGAAACCUGCACAGUCUUCUUGUAGGUGCUGCAUGAUAUGUGUUGAAUGUUGAAGAAUGGCAUGUAGAUCAAAAAAGCGGCUGUUACAUGUUCUUAAAGUACAGUAAGAGGACAAAACCAUAACAUUUUUUCACUCUCUCUAAACAGGAAGAACCCUCUACACUCCGAAAUUAAUCUCUGUAUAAAAAAGACGAACCCUAGAGUCGUGUCGGGGUUCAAGGUUUUAAAAAACGGUUCAAAAGCCUCUCCAAAUUUCACAGUGCAGGUCCAAAAGUUUCAUUUUAAGUGGGUCAUUUGCAGGAUAAUCUCUGUAUUCAAAGAGGGGGUAAAAGGGUGCUCAUGUUAUUUAUUAAAAUUCUUGUUACACAUUUGAACGCAAGCUUUGAAUUUUUUUCUGAACAUAACAAACCACUGCAGUUUCACCCUAAGCAGAAAUCUAAACCAAAUAAGAGGCACGACCAAAACGAUCUUUCUGAGCUCCUUUUUGAAUCCAGGUCGCUCACUCCGGAGUGACCUGGAUUUACUCUAUUUUUGCUCUGUAGUCUUUUUUUUUUUUUUUUGCACUUAAACUGCUUCAGUUAAAGGAGCAAAUGUAUCAUCAACCUAAAACAAAACACAGCAGUACAAAAUAAAAUCCCUUUGCAGAAUUAUAAACACUCAGAAGUGGAUGUAUUCCACCUAACGCCAGUCUAGGUGCACAUAUGAUGCUGUGUUACGUUACUUUGAGUCAUGGCAUUAACUGGGAAGGGGCUGUUGUAGAUUUAAAAUACAAAGGAGGAGCUGCUGUGCCAAAAUAAGUGAAAUGGAUAGCAGAUUUUUGGACAGUAGGAAUUUUGGUGCUGCUACUUUGAGUCACUGUAAAGUUUAAUGUGUGCUAGUCUGUACCUGAAUAUCAGAGAAGUCUGUGUAGGGCUGGGCGAUGGUGCAAAAAUAUCAGUGUUUUUAUUUCACACUUUGCGUGCUGAUAUUGAUUUUUGUAAGGAUACCUACUUUUAUGACUGCGCCCUAGAGUUACCAAUCACAUCCUGAAAGUGAAGAUUAUUCAUGAAAAUGGCAGAUAAAGUAUCGCCAUAUUAAAAACUUGUUUUUAUUUUUUUUCAUUAUGAAGUUGCUUUUUUAUUGAGCCGUAUCAUCCUUCAUAAAUCUUCUCUAACCACUUGACUUUCGGAAUUUUUUGUUUCUUUGACAAACUCAGAAUUAGGGUUGGGCAUCGAGUCUCGAGCAUCGAUGGGAACCAGGACUAACACUCCGAUUCUCCUGGAAACCAUUAAGAUUUUAAAAUUUUGAUUCCAAUAUAUAUGAUAUUUAUAUACUGGUUAAAAAAAUCGGAAUAAAGAAUCAUUAGGAACUGGAAUUAAAACAAGGAAUCGGAGCCAGAAUCAUUCAAAUUUCAAUGAUGCGCUACCCUACUUCCCCUUAAAGGGAUGGCCUUUUAAGGGGGCUGUUUGCCGAGGUGCCAAAUUAUGCCAAAGAAUACAAUGUCCUAUCAACACUUUUUGUGAAUAAUUUCCCCGAACCUAAUCUUAAAUUCAGAGGUUGCAGGCAGAUCACUUUCUCCAUCUCUAACAAGCAUCCUCACUCAGAUACUAUCUGUGCUUCUUUACAUCCGGGCUGUAGAGCGUUACGACAGGAGCUCUCGACCGAAGCAGCAGCCCCGCCUGGUGGUGGGUGGCUGUGUUACAGCUUACGCUUCAGGUACACAACAAAUACUCCAAAUUAGCAAGUUUUUUGUUUCCAUUGAAAAUAAAACAAAGCUUAACACCAAACAAGUUAAAUACUGCCAACGAGCUACAGAGAGUGAGCUUACCUGUCGUUUCUUUACCAAAUGGCAGUAAUUUACUGUUAAUCUGUAUUUAAUCAAAAAUUGUUUUAAAUUGAUUUUUUAUUCACUGGAGUUUUUUUAACAGUUGUGGUUUAAAGACGUCGUUCAAUCGCCCAGCCCUGCAGUUGAAUCAAAUUUUCCCAAUUCUGUCCAUGUAAAACUGACCAAAUCUUAUUUAUUUAUUUAUGUCACUGAUUAUUAAAUUUCUCUAUAGGAAGGUCUCACUGAUUUCUGUACAGUUAUAGUUUAAUUUCCUCGAGGAAAUAAAGUUCUUCUUAUCUAAUCUAAUCUAAUCUAGUCAUCUUUCUACAUGGUUGAGGUGAAACCGCCCAAAGUCAAGGAGCAAACUUUCGAUGACCUCCACAACCAAAUCUUUUUCAAUGUCAGAUAUUUUAUUUUAUUUCAUUCUAUUUAAAGUUCGGUAGCUUUUGUUCUUUCCAGUUUUCAUCUAUUUAUAUUUCAGGUGGAAAAUCAGAAAUAUUCCACCCCAGAAGCACUUUUCUGUUGCUCUUCUGCUUUUCAUCCAACGGUCAUCCUGAAAAUUUCCUUAACAUUGAUAACUUGACAGAAAUCCAGUCAUGAUAAGAAUAAUUGUGCAAUAGUAGUUCAGGAGUAAACAUUUGCAUCACUUAUCUUUUUUUACAUCAGCUAUUUAAAUUUGAUUAUUUGAAGUAGUUUUUUUUCCAUUUGUCGUGUUAUUUUUUUUAGUUUUUUUGUGCUCAUGUGUUCAUCAGUUGUUUGCUUUUUCUUCUGCGACCUCGACACAAUUACGCUGGAAAUUUCAACCCCCACACGGUCCGUUAUUUUACUGUUCAACAACACUGACACCUUCAGUUUCCACUUCAUACUGCUGCAGACAGAGUUGCUGUUUUUCUCUGGGUUAAUCUUUAAAUCUGUUAAAACUGACAGUUUUCACAGCAUCACGGGUUUAUCUGAAUCGGGGUUUGGUGCUCAUGGUUUUACUCUCUCAGUCAAUACAGUCAUUCUAGCUGUGCAGUUGGUUUGAGAGGCUGUUGCUUGAGACCAGGGUCCCGUGUGGACUCCUUAUAUUGGACAAUGUGUCAUUUAUCAUCUGCCUGUCAAACUGUAAAAUUCUGUAAAUAUAGUCUAAGGUUGCACUGUAAUAGCCUUACACUUUUCGUUGAUCACCUGUUUAUGAUAAUAUUCUGGAAUUAUGUUCCUUUGCUGCCUGUAUUGAUGCCUCUUCAUCAUGUUGACUAUAGGUUCAAUUUUUGCUUUCUGUUCCCACCUACAGGUUGUGCGUAGAAACACUGGAGCUUAUGUUUUGAACUCAAAGAGGAGAAUUCUUUUGUUGUUUUUUUCUGUUACCUCAAUAGUAAUGCUUUCAUGAGCCGUAGCACUCCAGUAUUGCAGAGUAUCAUUACAUCUAUUAAAGAUUUACCUUCGAAUAAACUUCGUUUUGAAGGAUCUGAUCAGCUUUGUCUGAACUUCAAUCAACCCUUUUUUGGGGGGAAAUUCUGUGGUUUUCUCUUUAAGGGUUGAAAUCAGCUUGUUAUCUGUUAAUAAAUGACUAAAUCUGUAAUUUAUGAAGUGUAAAAACAGAAAAUAGAGUUACUAAUACCAUAAAGAUAAACAGAUUAAUAACAACUAAAUAUAUAGAUCCGUGUUCAUAAAUGGCAAAUGGAGUAUAAAUGCGUCUGUAAAUGCAGUUCUUAUAAAAUAUUACCUUAUUGUCUCAUAAUUGGCAGAUUAUUUAUUUUCCCAUAAAUAGAUUUUAUGUGCUUAAUUUUUACAGACUAAUAUCUGCUCAUCAUUGCAGAAUCUAAAUCUUUAGCACACUGGGAAUUUUACUCUCUUCAACAAAUACACUGACAUGUGCAAUGAACCAACCUAGUGGGGAAGACAGGGAUUAUAUACACACUCAUGGAGACGAGCGACAGGUGAGACUCAUGAGUGAUCACACACAGUGAUGAGUCUUGGCACACACAGGGAUUGACUCCUACAGAAUAAAGGAGUGUUCAGUUCAGGAAAAACUGAACCUAAGAAACACACAAAGUAAAACUUAAUUACAAAAAGUUUGUGCAUUUCUGUUUGUGGUGUUCAACUCUGGAACAGCCUGGAAAUCACUGUAAAAAUGUCUAUUUAAAUCAAACUAUAGAGAAGUAUUAAAAGAUUCAUUUAUGUCAAGUUUUAUAGUAGAUAUACUUGACUGGAUAAAAGUAUUAUUAAUUCUGAAUAUUAACCUUCUUUGACCGGCGGCAGCGACAGAAAAUGACAUGCUGCACUUUUAGUACCGUAACUCUUGAACCAUUUGCGCUAACAACAUAAUUCCAACGGAUUCUGAAAGCCGAGACUCUAAGCUUUGCGCUGGUAUAUGAUACUGGUAGCGGCCUUGUGUUUAUCCCAUAGACUGUAUAUUUUAUUGUUUUCACCCACAAUCUGAGCUGAGUCAGAAACAUAAAAACAGUCGGACUAAUAAAUGUGAUUAUUAUUAUUAGAGUGAUUGAAAAGCUCAUAGCAACAUGUUGAUCUGACAAAAGUCUCAUUAUAGAUUCAAAAUCUUCAACAUCUGCACCAUCAUCUUGAUCAUCUUGAUGUUGUUGAUAUCAAACUUGAUGAAGAUUUUUCAACAUGAGAAAUACAAACAAUCAAAGUUCUCCACAAUCACUGUCCUUAAAGCUGCCACCAAAUCAGCAUCUUUAGAAAAGAAUCAAAAAGCUGAAAUGAAGAACUAAACCCAGAGUUUUUGGUGAGACUGAUCCACAAACAUUUACAAACCAGAACAUUUCAAGAGUUCAAGGAUCUCAGUCCAUGAUUUUGGUCUGAUGGACUCAAAAUUCUCUUUAUUUCACUUCUAUAAACUCAGCAGAGGAUACAUUAGACCCAGAUGACAGUCCAGCAUGUAGAGGUUCAGUGAAUGUGGUCUGGACUCUGUGGAGGAGAGUCAUGGUUUUAGAGACGCUGUAGAAGGACAGAAUACCUGCUCUGUGAUCCAGGUACACUCCUACUCUGGAGGACUGAGGACCUGAGACAGGAGUGAUGACAUUGUUGUGCAUAAAUUCACAACUGCCUUUAAAACAGUAUAACAUCCAAGAUUUGUCAUUGAAUCCAAAUAAACAAUCAUCUGAGUCCCCGUCUCUGCUGAUAGUCUUGUAUGCGACUGCUACAUAAACCUCGUCCCCUCUCCAGUCCACCUCCCAGUAACAACGUCCAGUCAGACUCUCUCUACUCAGGACCUGAAGAUAAUGAGUGAAUCUCUCUGGAUGAUCAGGAUAAGACUGUCGUUGUGUUGUCGGUGUUACUUUUCUGUUUCCAACAUAUAAUUUCAGCUCUCUGUGUGCUGUGUUUGGAUCCAGUGUGAUUCUUUGUGAAUAUCUUAAGAAACCUGCUCUGGUCUUGGGUUCUGGUCCUGGUGGUUCUAACAGUAAAACAUCCACUUCAGUCACUGCCUGUGAGACAUUUGUCCACAUCUCUCUCAGAAGACCCUGGAGUUUAUCACUGAGCUCUGACACAGCUGCUGUCACCUCCUCAAAGUAUCUCUGAGGACGGAUGUUGAUCCUGGAUGAGUCUGCAGGUUGACCCGGUUCUGACAGUGAGGGGUAGCUGUGCAGAAACUGGUUGUGGUCCUCUGUGAGUGAGAGUUUCUGCAGAUCAGCGUCUUUCCUCUUCAGCUCAGUGAUCUCCUGCUCCAGUUUCUCCUGAAGUUCUUUGACUCGACUCACUUCACGUUCCUGCUGGGAUCUGACCUGCUGCUCCACGUCAGAGCGACGUUUCUCCAUCAGACGGAUCAGCUGGCUGAAGAUCUUCUGGCUGUGCUCCACAGCUUUAUCAGCAGAGCUAUUGAUAGCCUCCACCUCCUGUUGGAGCAGCUUCACAUCUUCUUCUCUGUCCUGGAUUCUCUGCUGGAUGUUUUCUCGACUCUCCUCCAGAUCUUUCUGCCUCUCAGUCCUUUCUGCUGCAGCUGAGACUGUGUCGUGACCUUUGUGUUGGUCCACAGAGCAGAGAUAACAGAUGGACUUCUGAUCAGUGCGGCAGAACAUCUUCAUCACCUCAUCAUGACGAGAGCAGAUGUUCUCCUGGAGGUUCUUGGAGGGCUCCACCAGCUUGUGUUUCUUAAAUGAAGGUGAUUCAAAAUGAGGCUGGAGGUGAAUCUGACAGUAAGAAACCAGACAUUGAAGACAGGACAUGACAGCUUUCAGUUUUCUCCCACUGCAGAAAUCACAGGCCACAUCUUCAGGUCCAGCCUCAGAGGGAUCAUCAGGAGCAGCUUGGAGUCCACUCUUCUUCACUUCCUCCACUAAACCUGCUAACAUGGUGUUUUUCAUCAGGACAGGCCUCGGUAUGAAGGUCUCUCUGCACUGAGGACAGCUGUAGAUCAUCCUCUCAACCUCAGUAUCCCAGUGGGAUUGAAUACAGCUCAUGCAGAAGCUGUGUCCACAGGAAACAGUCACUGGAUCCUUCAGUAGAUCCAAACAGAUGGAACAAGAGAGAGACUCACGGUUCAGAUGAACUUCUUUCUGCGCCAUUUCAACACUCGCUGUCGACGACUGACUGAGUUUAAUUUCCUGGUCUGAGCUCUUAUCUCAAGUCAGCUCAGCACACAGGUGGUUACACCCAAACCAGACUGUAGAUCUGAUUUUCUUCAUUCCAGAAAGAGGAGCAGUGACGGGAACUGUGAACAUUGUUUUUCCUUUUGGUAAAGGUUAAAACCAGAUCAUCAGGUUUUAAAGCUGAGAAACACUUUUUAAAAACUCUUGAACUCUUGAGUUUUUAUUUCCGGAUAAAAACACAAAAUCUCCCAAAAAGCUGCAAAAACACUGGUUUCAACAACUUCCUGAAUAAAUCGCAUCAAAACAAACAGAGUUACAUUUUUUCCCUGUGAUCAGCAUCAUCUCUCAGAAUAACGAACACAUCGAGCCUCUUGCUGGGCCUCAGAAACCAAAGUCAAACCCAUGACUGACAUGGCUCCACAGAAGUUAAAGUGAGGGUGCUGACCUCUCUGAGCUCAGCAGAAAGAGUCACUUUGACAGGAAACAAAGUAGAAACCCUGAAAUAUGACUACAGGUCAAACUGCUCUGGGAGACUUGGUCAAAAUCAGCUGAUUUUGUUUGUACGUGUAACUUUGUGUUUUCUUCCCACUGGGAGAGUUUAACUAAAAGUAGACCACGAUGGAAACAAAACCCCGACAUAAGGCCAGUGCAUGAAUCCUAGCAUAUCGCAGUUAAUCAGAUCAUCACCCCAGCAAUUGUAACAUGUCUCAAGAUUCAUCCAUGAGCAAACAUCAGAGCUUUGAAGGUUUCACCAGAACUGAAUCCUAAUUU